GUGCUCCUUACAAAAUAUUCUUCCACAUGCACUUGACAGUUGCAUAAUUCCCAAUUGCAAUAAUAUGUUUUUUCGCCGGAUGUUCACGCGAAAGGAUACGAAUUCCGUUGGUGAGGAAGAGAUUGAUGACAGCGACUGUCCAUCAUCAUCUAACCAUCAACCAUCACAGCAACGUCAUGUACUCUCCUCUACACCUCGUCUGGCAAGGAAGAACAACCAACAACAAAACCUUUCAUCAGCCGGCUCGCAUCGACCCGGUUCAGUCUUGCAACUGACUCCACUCUGGGAGUACAUUUUACGGACACGCACCCUUCCCGAUAACGUUUGUCCCAAGGAAAUGUUUAACGAGUUUUUAGAACGUUUACGAGAUGCCGAAUGGCAAGUUAGACAACAUGCUCUUCGUGUGCUCGUCGAUGUGUUAGUCGUAAUGGGUCCUAAAGCAGAUGCUUACAUGGACCCUUUGGUAUCCCAGUUAGUAGAAAACUUAGGACAUCAGGCUCCUACCGUUCGGAAAGGAGCACUUGACUGUCUAAGAGUUUAUUUAGCCGAAACCGAAAUGCCAGAAACUGUCCUUUUACAGAUUCUCGAUAUCGGUUUAAAUCAAAAGAUCACAAAUGAACCAUUUGGUGGACGUUUAACAUGCGGUGUUAUGCUAUCCUUACCAGCUUUGGUUCAAUCGACUCUACACACGACCAAGAGGAAUUAUAUUCUUCGGACGACCAUUGACAUGUUAGUUAGUAAAAUGGGACAGGUGACUCAUCAGGAAAUUACCUUGAAAGUUCUGACAAAAGUUCGUGAGUUAAUUGGAAGUAGGGAAUUCUCGGAGUACAUGUCUCAUGGAGCCUUUAGAGAGUUUGAGCUGUUGUGUAGUGUUUAUGGAGUUGGGGAGAGUAAGGAAUUGAAUUCGAGUACGAAGUCCUGGCGAAUGGUUCCAACUUUACAGUCGGAAAGUGAUGGGCAGUCGAUGAAUCAAACUGAAGGCUGUUGGAAAUUUUCAGAUGAGGAGAAGAUUAUGGAAUGUCCAAGUAGUUCUUCAGCUUCCAAGGAGAAGGUUAUUUUAGAGACUGAAAUUCAAAUUAACGAUGAUACUUUGACCAUGAGGAUUCUUGAGGAGAAAGAGGAUUCCGAAGUUCCUGAUAAUUAUCCUAGCAGUGCUGAAGAUGAAGUUAUUAGUGGUCCACCGUUAGAGACAACUGGAAUCAUUCAUGUUCUGUCAGAUAGUGAAGUUGAAGAAAUUAAUCGAAGAGUUAGCGAUGAGUACUAUGUGACUCCACCAACUCCAAGGACCCCAAAAAGGGUAACAUUUGGUGGGGAAAUUGUCAAAAUGCGAACACCUGACAGUGAUGCUACAGUAGUUAACGAAGAGCCAAAAAGUUCAAUAGAUAGUAAAACUAAUGUUUUGAGUCUUGAGAUUCCGAAUGAUAAUACCAAGCCAAUUUCUUCUUCCACUUCUUCUUCUCCGAGUCACACUUGUAAGCAUUCGAAACAUGAUUCGAGUGAUAGUGCAGCGACAACACCAGUUUCUCCAGUGUCUCCGGUUAGAAAAGAACCGGAGAAUCAAGAAAAUGAUGUUUCACCGAGGUCACCAUUUAAGAGACUCACUGUGAGUUCAGUGGAUACUAUUGUGAGUCCAAGAGGUCCACAUAAGGAGAUUGAGGUUCUACAUAAUCUACAGAGGGAGCCAUCGCCAGUGAGGGCGAGACGAGCAAGUAUUCGGAUAGAAGAUGAAGAAUUUGAAGAAAAAAUUGAAAGGAUCCAACAACAACAACAACAACAGUCAUCAAAGGAUCAACCAAAACCACCGAAAUCAUGGGAGGAGUUGGAUAUUGUUGACGAUGAUGUUUUAAUGGAUUUGAGAUCUGGGGAUUGGCGACAACGUUCAAAUGGAAUCUAUGCCCUCGAAGACGCACUUCGUUCUUCUGAAAAUCUAGCUCGUGUUCAACCCUGUCUGGACUCCUUACUACGAACUUUACUCUCCUCAGAGAAAAACCCCGAAGUGGCAGAAGAAAAACGACGUGUACUAAUGAACCUGAUAUCACGACUUCCUUUAGAUAAUCUCGAGGAUCGAACUGUACAAAUCAUCACCGGUCUCUGUCGACAAGGUGGACCGGGGGCAAAUCGUGCCUCGAAGGCGUUAAUGCAACGCCUACCACCGGCUGUCAUUGUCCUCAAAUUGAUAUCGGACGAAUUUUUGCAUGCAAAGAGCUCAAGGUUUCGAGAAAACGCACUACAAAUGGUGAUGUAUGCUCUGAUGACCUUCCCCAGUACCUGUUUCGAUACCAAUACCUGCGUAACAAGUGCCGCUUUGGCAGCACUGGAUCGCAAGAAGCGGGUCCGACAAGCAGCCUUAGAUGUCCUUGCGAUUCUGGGACAAGUGACGUCUCCUCGGGUGGUGCUCGAAGUUGUACAAAAUAUCGCCGCCUCAAGGGAGAAUGGAAAUGAGUUCUUUGCAGCCGUUAAGGCGAGACUAUCACGCAAGCAAUUACCACUUGUCAGUCCAGAUGGAACAGUUCAGUACACACUGAGAGUGCCAUCGCCCCAGUCGCAAGAAAGAACAUCGCUAGCCAAUAUGGGUUCGGACUUGGAGUGGAUUGCAUCGGGUGUGGGUUCGGUGUCGCCAACAUCGCUAAAGCGCAGAGCCCACAAAUAUCGCAAUCAGCAAAGUUGUUGCCAAUCUUUCAAUAAUUACUCUAUGAAUAGUCAUGAAGAUUCGAAGAGAUAUCGUCCACCACACGAAAUGCUUGCACUUGGAGUUGAAGUUAAGGAUAUAAAUACGGAUUAUGCCACAUCUGACGACAAUCAUUCAAUGGCUAAUAACAACAACAACAAUAAUAACAUACAAUAUGUCUUGGGAAAAACCGUACCGCUGCAAUACACGUCAAUGAAAUCGAUGAAAAAUGGUGGUGGAGGUGGCACCACCAGCAACAACGGUGGCGGUGGUGGUGAAAUUAUAGGUAUAAAUGGCAAAAGAAUAGCAACAAAAUCGUGCUCGGAUUCUUCCGGAGAUGGAAGAAGUUCUGAUAGCACAUAUACAACCAGUAGCAGUGGUAACGGUGCAAUUAACCUUAAUGGACGCUUUGCAAGACAAUCUGUCACUUCGAGAUUCCCAACGAUGGAACGUAUUGACAUGACCGGAAAUUAUUUGCCCAAACAAAUGUAUAAGAAUCCAUUUUUAAUUUAUAAUACACGCAAUCAGGUGCACCUUAAUUCGACGUAUCCGAAAGUGAAUUACACAAUGCAACAAAAUCGUAAACAUAUUACAAGAACCAACCAACGGCCAUUGUACUUUUCGAAUCAAGAUACAUUCGAUGAAAGUUCAUUCGGUGAGGAAUGCCAUGAAUUUAAACCAACAGCCUACGCUGGUGGAGGAGGUGGAAAUGGAAAUGGAAAUGGAUAUGGUCCUGGUGGUGCAACAGUAGAACAUAAUCAUUAUAACAACCAUCACGAAACCACAAACGGCAAUAGUAGACGAUUUGUGAAUGUGGAAAAGUUUAUCCAAAGCAAUAAAACCUCUCUUCAAUCAUAUUCAAAUGGAAACUCAGUCGCACCUUCCCCCAUCCAUGAAACACCACCUGUUACACCCCAUAUGACAAUUCCAUAUUCUAUGCCCACAAAACCGCAUAUCAGACAAAACAAUGGAAACCACAAUGGAAACAUUGUCGAAGGCUGGUCUCAUGCAAGUGUAAGGGAAUAUCAUUCAGAAGACCAACAUAAAAGCCCUAAAGUUGUUCCCAAUGAACAACCAUGCAGUACUCCGAUAACAACUGUUGUGGCAACUCUACAAAGUUCUCCAAAUGAAGUUGAUCUUAAAAGUUCUAUAAAUGAAGCAACAAAAUCGGAGAUAAAUGGAAAAGAUCUUCCCGAUAAUGAAGUUGUGGAGAGUUCAAGUGGAGAUGUCGUUAUAGAACCCUUAUCACCUGAAAAAGAGUCUCCAAAAAUUGAACCAAAGACAUCGGCUUUACAAAGUGAAAAUACCCCAGUCGAGGAAAAAUCUACAAAACCUGAGGAACCUGUUGUAGAAACUGUUGAUACUCCAGACUAUGAAUCUCAGGCAGUAACACCAACUUCUCGUCCACAAUCUGGGAUUUCUGCAAAAUCUCAAGUAAUCGAAGAAGAACUUGAUUGCGAUCAACCACCACCUGUCGAACCUGAUAGAGUUUCAGAAGCAACUCAGGAGGUUCUUGAAGAUCUCGAAGAUAUCAGUGAUUACGAAGAUAACAUUGUUACGCCGAAAACUCCAACUGAACCUCUAUCUCCUUUCAAGGGUCAUAAUAAUAACCAAGAUGAGGCAAGAGCCCCUACUCCUAACAUCGAAGAUACCCACAUUUCCCCACCAAGAUCCCCAACAAUUCAAGAAAUCAAAGCCUUAUCUCGUAAAUCAUCGUUUGCAAAAAGCUGCGAUUCGCUUUUUGAUCGAACUUCGUCCAAACUUGACGCAGACAAUAGCACUGAAACCAGUUCGGACUAUCAGUCAAGCCACCUCAAUAAUACCCUCACCGAUUUUACUCCGAUAAAACCUCAACAUAUCCCUUUGCAAAGAAAAUCGAAGACUUUGUUUAUGAAGAAACAUCGCCGAAUUUCGCCUGUUAAACAAACAAUCAAUAUGGGUCAAGCUGAACUCUAUCCACAGAAUAUGACUCGCUUUGAAAAACCUAGAGAAGCUCUACAUAAAGCCUUUGACCAAUUAGACUCAUCUAAUUGGGAGGUAAACGUUAUAGGAUUAAAGUCAAUGGUACGUCUUAUGCGUUAUCAUCCCGAUACGUUGGACAAUCAAAUGCAUAUGACUUGCAUUCAGCUGACAAAGUCGGUGAGAAAUUUAAGAUCUCAGGUUUCACGGGCAGCUUGUCAAGCUUCAACCGAAUUGUUCACAAUGAAAUGUAAAUUCCUCGAACAGGAAUGCGAUGAUUUGGUGUGUGCUUUGUUACAUCGCACAGCUGACACAAAUAGAUUUCUUCGUGCCGAUGCAACAAGGGGUCUAGAAUCGAUGUGUGAUAAUUUAACGCCAUCGAAAGUCCUUAAUAUAAUGUGUUCCAAAGGAGCAACUCAUCAGAAUGCUAUUGUACGAACUACAACAGCUAAACUUCUUAAUCGUUUAGCAGAUCGUUUAGGAUGCGAUAAGAUUUAUGCAAUGGGUCGAGAAAAUCGAGAUAAGUUUAUUAUUACUGGAGCUAAUCUUUUACUUGAAGGAAGUCUAGAAACAAGGAGUUAUGCAAAAUCUCUUUUCCGAUUAAUGUCUAGUCAUCAAAAUUAUUCAAGGUUACUGUUGGAGGUAAUACCAACACGGACUUAUAGAAACAUCGAAAAAACUUUGAAAAAUAUUCGUUAAAAUAAAAAAAACACUUUAAAGUUAUGUAUUUGUAAAUAGUAUUUAUAAAGAGUUUUUUUAAUAGGUGUUGCACAAAAUUUAAAUAUUUGUUAUUAAAUGUAUACAUACAUUUUGAAGGUAUUAUUAUAAGAGAACUAUUUUUUUUUUUAACUUAA